AUGGUAAGUACCUGAGCUUACUGAACCUGAUCACGGUCAACCUGACCCUUCUCUCAUCAUCCUUAUAGAUCCCCACCCCGUCGACGUCCCACCUCUCCAAGCUCGACUUUGAAUCCGUCUACGAACCAGCCGGUAUGUUGGCCUCGUUUCCACUGCAGUGCUAUCUUGAGUUCAGAAUACCCGAGCUGACGCUGAACAUCUCCGUUCUGUAGAGGACACGUUCGCGCUCCUGGAUGCGCUCGAAGCCGACCGAGCUCGUCUACAGGGCUCACAACUAUGUCUGGAGAUCGGGUACGGACGAGUCGGACAUUCCCAAAGACAGCAUUCCAAUGUCUGGCUGAUAAUAUACCCGGCUCGUGGAUCCACGAACUUCUGCACAGCUCCGGCUCUGGCGUCGUCUCAACUUUCCUCGGCACUUUGCUCGAUCCAAACUCUGCGCGUUCGUUGGGUUUUCAUAGUCGUGAAGGCCUCUGUCUAUCAGAUUAACGUUCAGACUAACACACCAGCCCAACACUCAUUUCACUCAGUUCUCCUCACAACCGACCUAUCCCUACCCGCUUGUCUCGCAACUCAUGAAACCCCUCGUCUAAACUCCCUCCGAACCCCUUUCGAAAUUGUCCAAACGGACCUCUGCACGUGCCUAUUCCCUCGGCUCCAACACGCGUGCGAUGUCAUCGUUUUCAAUCCACCUUAUGUGCCCACUUAUGAGGACGAAUUGGAGUUGGCGAGGAUGGAGGGGUUGUUGGAGAGGGCUUGGGCGGGAGGAGCGGAUGGGAUGCAGGUUACGGAUCGAUUGUUGGACGUGGUUGAGGUGAGAGUAGGAUGGGAGGGGGGCAAUUCCAGAGGUCCAACGAAGCUGACAAAAUGGAAUGUGGUGCUGUUCCUUACGAUAGCUGUUACUCUCCAACAGAGGCUUGUUCUACCUCGUCACGAUCGUCCAGAACAAACCACAGCAAAUCAUCGAAGGGCUCGAGAAGAAAGGAUUGCGGGGCGAGGUGAGCAGCGCCUUUCCAUACUGAGCCUACAUCCAGCUACUUAGUGAUCGGUUCGUGAUGAUUGCGUCUUAUAGGUCGUAUUGAAACGACGAGCUGGGGGAGAACAUCUGCACAUUUUGCGCUUCUCAAGACCUGACCCUACCACCGAGGCGCCGGAAGCAUGA